AGGGUGGAUUUUCCCCACUCCCCUCCCCCUAAAGAACCCACCCCAGUGAGGUCAUUUCAAUGGGAGUGAAGGAGGCGAUCAGACAAGGUCGACUUUUCUGGAGGAGACACAGCCUGCGAGUGGAGCGUGGUGCUGAAUGUAAUCUGCGUCCCCCAGCCUCUGGAAGAGCAGGGGAGAGACGCUGGAGCACAGCUCCAGCCCAGGGACAACCGAGGAAGCCUGCGCCGGGCCCGUCAGAAGCCCCACUCCAUCCCUGGGAGGCUGCUGGAGACAUCGGAGCGUAACCCCGGGGUGGGAUCGGAGGAGGCGGCGGUACCUUGGAGAGCUCCGAGCCUGCCGCCUUGCCAGGCGCGCCGGAGGAUUAGCCCAGCUGGCCGCAGCUGCGGCGGGCGGCGACUUGCCGGGCUCCAGGCAUCUGCCAACCGGAGGAUCCCUGUGUGCGAGGCUGCCUGGUGGGGAGGGAGGCGGGGGAGGGGGGGGUUCUCCUGUCCGGUGGCGGGGGAGAGCCGCCUUCGCCUUGGGGAUGCCCGGCCCCCCAGCUGCGGAUCUGACGCUGUGCCGCUAAGGAGGCGGAAGAAAAGUUUGGGGGAGCCCCGAGGGUGGGAGGCGCUGGAGAGAAGGCGGAGGGUUUGUUUUCCGGGCUGAGCUGGAAGGAACGAUGACCCAGCGAGGAUGUGCACCAGCAGCCACACCAUUGGGAGCCUCUUGGUGCUCUCCGUGCUGGAGAUAGGGCUGGGGGUCUCCAGCGUGGCCGUGGGGGCGGUCAGUUUCAGCCUGGUCCUUGCGGAGCAUAAGCCUCAGCUGGGAGACUCUUCUCCGGUAUGGAGCGGGGUGUGUUUUCUGCUUUGUGGUAUAUGUGGAAUACUGUGUGCCAAAAAAAAAUCUGGACUUAUCAUGAUCCUUUUUUCAGCCUGUUGCAUUUGCGGACUAAUUGGAGGAAUAUUAAAUUUUCAGUUCCUUCGUGCUCUGACAAAGAAGUCCUCCAUGCUCUAUUCUUUGCAUCUUACUUCUAUGUCUCUUGCAUGCAUUGGAAUUGGAGGUUGCACACUUUCUUCCUGGCUCACUUGCCGGCUAGCCAGCUAUGAACAAAGGAGAAUGUUCUCUGAAAGGGAGCAUUCCCUGCAUCAUUCCCAUGAAAUGGCAGAGAAAGAAAUGACAGACAAUAUGAGCAAUGGAGGACCACAGCUGAUUUAUAAUGGAAGAGUGUACGAAAAGAUUUAAAAGUUAAAGG